AUGGUCUCCUCCCUUUAAAAAGUCAGAUUCAGGUUGCUGUUGUCUCACAUGCAGCUGCAGGAGCGGGGCAUAAGAACAGCCCAGCUUACCGAUGCAGUGUUCACUGACAGAGACUGGGAAGAGAUCACUGAAAGGUUUCCAUGAGUGUGGAUGAAGAAGCACUGUGGCGAUUCAAAACUGAAGGCUGAUUACUCUCCCAUUUUGGCGUGGCAUGUUUGGAUGUGACAAAGUGUCAAGCUGAUAUCUGUUGAAGAAGUACGACACAGCAGAAGGCCAGAGAAAUACACAGUGUAACACGGGGAGUUCCUGAAGACGGACAGAACACAGGAAAACUGUGUGAAAGAAGAAGAGGGGAAGUGGAGAGAAACGUAUUGAAAGAAAGAGAGAAACACUGAAGAUAUUCAGAGGAGGAGUGAAGGAGAGUCACAUAAAGAAGAGAGAAGGCAGAAGAAAAACGUGGCCAAGCAUGAGAGAGGAGGAGCAGUCUAAUGAUGACCACCCUGAGGGAGGGGUGGUUUCCAGCAAGGAGAACAUGGGAAGACCACCUUCUAAUGCAUGUCCCGUUGUUGUAGCAACACCGGGGGUCACCAGGCGUAAACGGCAGACAGGCUCACACACGGAGGAUCACGUUACCACAAUUACUCCCACCGCAUCAGCAGACAAUGGCAAGGUUAAGCCGUUGGAUGACAUCCAGAUCUGCACCCCGACUGGUCCCAAAAGACUCAAGAGGAGUCCUCAGCAUCGGCCACCUUCCUCAGGCCCAUCCCUGUCUCCUGUCCCCGGUCCCAGUCCUGGAGGUCUCUCAGCCCUAGAGGACCCACACACCCAGCGAGUGAUCGCCAACAUCCGGGAGCGCCAACGGACCCAAUCUCUGAACGAGGCCUUUGCCUCAUUGCGUAAGAUAAUCCCUACACUCCCCUCGGACAAACUGAGCAAGAUCCAGACCCUUAAGUUGGCAUCACGCUACAUUGACUUCCUUUACCAGGUACUGCAAAGUGAUGAGAUGGACACUAAGCUGGCUGGAUGUAACUACCUCGCCCAUGAAAGGCUGAGCUAUGCCUUCUCUGUCUGGAGGAUGGAGGGGGCCUGGUCGACAAUGUCUGCUGGUCACUAACCCUGCCUGAGAGCAAGAUUUGUCCUUCGACUACAAAAACCAAAAAACCCUAAAACAUAUGAUGAAUUCCUCAUGACAGAAAUAUUCUUACUUGACGCAGGCAGCUGACCAGUGGCUGACCAGUGGACUCUAUUUAGCACCUCAAUGCAGAUCAUCUGUUUGCCUCAGUGGAAAGGCUAUCUGACACUUGAUGAGAAGAGAUUUUGAUAGUUUUAUAUCACAGUGGAGGACAGGACAGACGAGACAAAAACAGACUGACUUCAUUCAACAUUCAUUCAAUUCAACAACCUGAUGGUUAAGGAUGCCCUGUCCCUAAAAGUUGCCUCCACAUCACAGCUCACUCAGCUGGAGCCCUGUGACCCCUCGGCUUUCUUGGGUUCCGAAGCAUGCCCUCUGGUUUCAUCUCACCUUUGAUUUUAAACCCUAACUGCCAUCGUCAUCCUCAUUACCAUCAUCAUCAUCAUCAUCAUCAUCAUCAUCAUAGGUAUGCAUACUCUGAGCCACAUUUGAUAUGUAAUACUUUUCUUUAACUUAAUUUCUGCCCUGGGCCACAGCAAGUGUGAGCAUGUUUUGUAUAAUAUACAAUGAGCAACAACUAGAGAAUGCAGAGGAGGGAUUAGAGGAAGGUCAGGGCUGGAAAGACAAAAUUGGAUGUUUCAAGACAGAUUGGACCUUUGACUUUUCCAUACCCUUUCAGCUCCUACUUUUCCGAGACUCUGACAUAUUAUGAAUCUCUGACCACCUCUGAACCCAAGCGACAGUGGAAAAAGUAGCCGCGGGCAGCCGUCAUCCUGGCUUAAGUUUCUCCUCUUUAUACCCAAACCAAGCCCCUUUGUUUCUUCCAGCGCCAAAAAAAACUCUCCUCUUGAAAUUCUUUCCUCUCAUUUUGGCCCAAAUUUGCUUGCGUUGCACGAAACCGUGAUACAGCUACAGCGAGCUGACGAGGAGGCAUAAUGAAAACAAACGGUCUCUAAAAGCCAUGAAUCAUGUGUGUCGCCAUCAAAGGGGAGGCUGAUGUGGCUCCCUGCUGGGCUCCCAUAAACCACUGGGAGUGAUGGAGGAGGUGAGAGCUGAUUUAUACACACACAAAUGAGCAUACAUGCAUAGGUGUAGUGGUGCGCACACACCCAGGCACAAAAAUGUACACAUCCCCCACGUCUUGAGUUUUAAAAAGAACCCAAGUGCCUUUUUCUUUAAAAGUCGACAUCCAUAAUUACCAAAUUACAUACAUGCACUAAAGCAACAACAGCCAGUUUAGGUAUGAUUGUACCUCUGAUUUCAGUCUUACAUGAGAGAGAACUAAUGCCAAGCAAACAUCACCUGCAGGGUUUAGCUCUCAUUUCAUAUAAACAACUAAACUACAAGGAAAUGGGCGUUGACAUGCUAUUUGUAUUCAACACAUAUCCAUGACAAACCACUUCUUCCUUCAUUGCCAAUAUGCAUGAAGCCCAGCAACCUAUCAUUAGCGUGUCCCAGGGAGGUAGCUAAUGUUUCCAGCUCCUAUGAAGACUCAUGAAGUCUUUUACUGAGCUCCACAGUCAGCACAGUGUGGUCUCAGAGGGCUAACCUUCGCUGACAUGUUAGAAGACACUUGACAUUUAAAAAGAAUUCAGUUCUGCUCCAAAAGAGAAAAAAAAGCAGCUCUUUUGCAUUUUGUUUAUGACAUGAGUGCAACUGGCAUCAAGAAUCAGGGAGAUUAACUUUGAGUGUACCUUAAUUCCAUCCAUCUAAUUCCUGAGACAAGAUGGCAGCUACAUGUUUAACUGUCUACUUUUACUUUUUGUGGGUACAGCAACUCAGGAUGUGUGAAACUUUGCAACUUGGCAACAACCAAGGGCAUUCAAAACCACAUUUAAGUCUCAGUUUAAUGCCCUUGCAUCACCCUGUGUUAUCUCAUUUGAAUCAGUGUGUUUUCUGACUUGAUGCUAGGAUGUUCAGGUUAAAAAAUAAAACAUAUAUUUCUGUUAUUUAAGAAAGAAAAUACUGUUAUCUUCCUCCUCAGGAGCAGUUAUUUGGAAUAUUUUUAUUCCUAUAUCCAACAUUCAAUGACCACCACAAACUUUGACAUGAAUAUAAAUGGUUACCGCAGUAACAUGUUUGCAUUUUUGUCUUUCCAGCUGCUGAAAAAAAGUGACUGUCAUCUUCCCUGUACAUCUCUACUACUAGCUACCAUUUCUGCAUUCCUAAUCAUAUGGACUUUGAUGCCAAUGGAAAACUUUAUGUACCUCACUUCUGGAUUUAAUAAAAAGACUGUUUAAGAAUAAUAAAGGCAUUUUGAUCAGGAUGCAGAUUGACAUUGGAGAAAUGGACCAUCAAAAUUUGUUGCCAUUUAUUGAGAAGGAGUUGACAGUAUAGGUCAUGGCACAUUUGUGUUCAGUUUAUUUUGUUUCAUACUAUUUCCCCCUAGAUAUUAUUUUAAGGAAACUUAUAUAAUAGCUGUCACUGGGAAAAGACUUCACCUGUAAGACUCCAGUCUCAUCAGUGAUCAGUGUGUUCAUCUCUUGUACAUCAGUUUACAGACAGAGUGUGAGGCUUUGUUUUUCUUACGAGCAUUUACUUUAAGUAUACACAGUGUUUUAGCAAAUAACUGACACUGAUACAGUAUGACUGAUUAUAAAUGUUACAUGCAUAAAAAUCCCUGGAGAAUUAGAUGUAGUGAUACAUACAGCACAGAGUGUAUCAUUAUUUGUCUGAAAAAUAAAACUGUCUUCAGACUAA